GUUGCUUUCCAAUAAUGUUGACCAAAUUUGAAACCAAAAGCAAUCGAGUAAAGGGUCUUUCUUUUCAUCCCGCUAGGCCUUGGAUUCUUGCAAGUCUUCACAACGGAGUGAUUCAGUUAUGGGAUUACAGAAUGGGAACUUUGUUGGAUAGAUUUGAAGAACAUGAAGGUCCAGUAAGGGGUGUCCAUUUUCACCCGUCGCAACCUUUAUUUGUCAGUGGAGGAGAUGACUACAAAAUCAAAGUGUGGAAUUAUAAACUUAGACGCUGUUUAUUUACCUUGUUGGGCCAUUUGGACUACAUUCGAACGGUUUUCUUCCACCACGAGAGUCCUUGGAUUGUCUCUGCGUCUGAUGACCAAACCAUUCGCAUUUGGAAUUGGCAGAAUCGUUCUUGUAUUGCGGUACUUACAGGUCAUAAUCACUAUGUUAUGUCUGCCAUGUUCCAUCCCGACGAGGAUCUACUACUCUCAGCUUCUUUGGAUCAGACUAUACGUGUUUGGGACAUAUCUGGCUUACGCAAUCGUUCACCAACAUCUUCUUUUUCUUCCAAAGAUAACUUCGCUGCCGAUAUAUUUUCUUCCAACGAGGCUUUUGUAAGAAAUGUUAUCGAAAGUCAUUUUCGUGGCGUCAAUUGGGCAAGUUUCCAUCCAACUAUUCCUCUCGUUGUAAGUGGAGGAGAUGAUCGCCAAGUAAAGUUGACAUAUUUGGAAAAUGGACGGACGAGAGAAAUACAAACUUUUUAUGGCCACCUGAACAAUGUAUCUUGUGUUAUGUUUCAUCCUAGUACCAAUCUUAUUGUCUCUAAUUCAGAAGAUCGCACAAUAAGAGUCUGGGAUCCCAUUCGCCAUACUUGCUUACAAACCUAUCGAAGAGAAAAUGAUAGGUUUUGGAUUCUGGCAGUGCAUCCCAAACUCAAUCUGAUUGCUGCAGGACAUGAUUCUGGAAUGAUUGUAUUCAAGUUGGAUAGAGAGAGACCUCCUUUUUAUAGCGUUGGGAAAGAUUUAUAUUAUGUAAAAGAAGGAGAUGUUCGACUGUUUGAUUUGGAACAAGGAAGUGAUCAGUCUCUAUAUCAAUUAUAUGUGAAACCUGACAUUAUGUCGUUGUUAUAUUCCAGUUCGGAAUAUACGAUCGGUUCUGAAGUUCGAGGUCCCAUUUAUGAGCCUCCACCUCGAUAUAUGCAUGUCAAUACUUUCGAAAAUUGUAUAUUAUUGACACAUGAUAGAGACUCUCCUAAAUAUUCUCUAUACUUUCUAGGAAAAAAAGGACGUUCGACUAGUUCAGAAACUAUUCAUGGCUUUGGUGUUGCAGUGUUUGUAGGAAGAAACCGAUUUGCAACUUUAUCUACUGGAGAACAGUUGCAAGUUCGUGACCUUCGUAAUGAAAUAACAAAAACUAUUGCUUGUCCUAUUCCUGGAGCUGAACUUGUAUUUCCUUCUCGUCCCGGUACUAUUCUUAUAAGUAACGGAGAAGUUGUUGUUCUAUUUGAUAUGACUCAAAGGAAGAUAUUGAAAGAACUUGCUUCUGCUCAUGUGAAAUAUGUCGUAUGGAAUGAACAUAUGAAUAGAGUGGCAUUAUUGAGUAAGCAUUCAAUAACUUUGGCAUCAGGAAAGUUGGAACAUUUGGCAGUUGUUCACGAAACAGUAAGAGUGAAAAGUGCGGUGUGGGAUGAUUCGGGAGUUUUAUUAUAUACCACUCUUAAUCAUUUGAAGUAUUGUUUGCCAAAUGGAGAUACUGGAAUUGUGCGUACUUUAGAUAAUUUGAUAUAUUUGACUCGUGCAAGAGGACCAGCUGUUGCUUAUUUGGAUAGAGAGGGAAAUCCAGGAGUCCUUGCAGUGGAUCCUACCGAAUAUGCAUUCAAAUUGUUGUUAUUACGCAAAAAAUAUGAUGAAGUGCAGUAUUUGAUAGCAGAAAAUCGUUUUGAUGGUCAAGCCAUGAUUUCUUAUUUAUGUCGCAAAGGAUUUCCUGAAGUGGCUUUGGAAUUUGUUCGAGAUGAUAAGACUCGUUUUCAUUUAGCACUGGAAGCUGGUUUAUUACAAGUUGCUGUGGAUGCUGCACAAUCUUUGGAUACUUUUGAAAUAUGGCGCAAACUGGGUGAAGAAGCAUUGGCUCAAGGAAAUGUCUCCAUUGCGGAACUUGCUUAUCAACGUUCCAAAGACCUGAACAAAUUAAUCUUCUUAUAUGUCGUUACUGGCAAUUUUGACAAAUUGGAAAAGGCUAGCAGGUUGGCAGAAAUGCGUCAAGACUAUAUGGCACAGUUUUUAAUAUCCUUUUAUUUGGGAGAUGUGAAUAUGAGAACCCAGUUGUUGUAUUCUAGUGGUCAGAUCAUGUUGGCUUUGUUAUAUGCAGAUACUUAUCAGUUAUCUGAAUGGAAACCAAAAUUGGCUUCUUUAUCCACAGAAUUACAAAGCGAUAUACCUUUGAAGACAGGAUUGUUACUUCCUGCUAUUCCAGUAUAUCCAAAGACUUCUAAUUGGCCAUUGUUAGAAUGGACCAAUGCAACAAAUGGUGGACAUGGUCUAUUUAGACGCAAUCCUAAUGCUUUGGAAAGCUUUGAAGAACCCACUGUGACGGACUAUUAUGAAGAUGCAUUGGUAGCUGCUGAGGAACAAGAAGAAGAAAGUUGGGCUGAUCAUCAUUCCAAGGAAAGAAAGCAAGCUACUGCCAUCGAUGCUUUGAAAGUCUUUGAAACUCCACAAACUGUAUUGGAAAAUUCUGCCAAGUCCGCGAAUAGUAAUAUCUUUAUGAACCAACCUUUAGAAACUCAUAUAGAGAAGAAAGAGGAUACAUGGGAAGAAGAAGGCUGGGAAGAAGAAGAUGUUCAGAUUGAUACUCAAGAAGAAGACUUUGGCAAUAAUGAUUAUCUCAAGAAUGAAGAAACCCAACAGCAAGAUUGGUUGAAUGAACCGAUAUCUCCACGAUCAGAUAAAUUACAUUCGAUUGCUACUAUUGCAGGCUUACAAAAGAUGGAAUAUAAAACUCCUGAAGAGAAAUUAUCCAUUCGAGAGAUUUGGUCUCGUAUGGCACGUUGUCCAAGUGAAUAUGUUAUGAGUGGUCGUUUGGAAGAUGCGAUAGAAAUGUUGAAGACAGAGUUGGGAUUUAUUUCGUUGGAACCGUUGAAGUCUUUAUUUAUGGAAUUAUAUAUCACUAGUUAUAGUUGUGUAUCCAUGUUACCCAGUUUAGAUAGCGUACCCAUCUAUAUGUUGGAUACUUGGCAGAGAAGAAAUACUCCCAAACCUUAUUAUCGAUUCGAACAAAUGGAAAAGCUGAUGACUUUGGCAGAACAGAAAAUGACCGUCGGGAAGUUUUCAGAAGCAUUUAAUCUUUAUCGUCAAUUGAUUAUAACACUUCCAUUUAUCAUAGUUGAUAACGAUUCUCAAUGCAGUCUUUGUAUGGAAAUGUUGACUACCUGUAGAGAGUAUAUUAUUGGUUUGAUGAUUCGAACCAAACAAUCGGAAGCCAAAUCCAAAGGAGAUACUUUGAGACAAUUAGAAUUGGCAGCUUUGAUGACGCAUUGCAAUAUGCUGAUUACUCAUCAACAAUUGGCAUUACAAGCAGCUAUGAAAUUGGCAUAUGCCACUAAGAACUAUCUUUAUGCUUUGACUUUUGCGAAAAGGUUAUUAGAAUUGGCACCCAAUGAAGAAAUGGAAAGGACUGCCAAGAAAGUGAUGCAGUUUUGUGAACGCAAUCCAAACAAUCAGAACCAAUUGGACUAUGAUAUAGAACAAAGCAACUUUGCAAUCGACGCAGGUAGAUUGAAGCCUUGUAUACAACCUCCAACUAAGAGUUGUGUAUAUUGUGGUGCUUGUUAUGAUGAAAGUUGGCAUUCUAUGACAUGUGUGGUUUGUCAAGUAGCUCAAGUAAUGGAGCAACAGGAUGAAAAUCGCAAUGCGUAUGCAGGAUUGAUAUCUUUAUUGCACAAGACACAACCCAUAUCCAACCAUACAAAGGUUUAGAUAUCCAAUACGAUUCUCUCGACAGGCAAUCCUUCAAAUGCAAUUCUAUAAAUGGUAACCAUAUGUGGAAAUUCUUCCAAUGCAUUGUCUUUCUUUAAAGUCAAAUAAACAUCUUUAGCAGUGGUUGUUCCUUGUAACUUUUGUCCAUUGAGUAAUUCCUCUUCGAGCACAUGCCAUGGCUUUUUAGUUGUUAUAAAAGCUUCCGCACAUUUCCUAUUUCUUCCACCAUAACAAGUCGUAAUCAAAUCGGCCACUCCACAACUUUCCAUAAAAGUUUCCAAUUUCACGUUGGAAUAAUAUUUCUUAGCAAAACGUUGCAUUUCAAUCAGUCCAAUUCUCAUCAAAGCCGAUUUGGUAUUAUUACCCAUUUCUAAAGCAUCACAAAAGCCUGCGCCUAAAGCAAUCACAUUCUUCAAAGCACCGCAAACUUGAACACCUGGAACAUCUUUUACGAGACCAACUCGAAACAUAUCAUCAUGAAAAAGUUCUUUCAUCAAUUCUCCAUCUUCUUGGUUUUCAUGAGACCGAUGCUUGAUUCACAAAACUUUU